GGCGGCGGCGGCGGCCGUGGUGGCGGCGGCGUUGUUGGCGGCAGCGGGCGGGGGUGCUGUGGCGGCAGCGGCGGCGGCGCCCGCGGGUGGUAUAAAAUGGCGGAUUUCGAGGAGUUGAGGAAUAUGGUUUCUAGUUUUAGGGUUUCUGAACUCCAAGUGUUACUAGGCUUUGCCGGACGGAAUAAAAGUGGACGUAAGCAUGACCUCCUGAUGAGGGCGUUGCAUUUAUUGAAGAGUGGCUGCAGCCCUGCGGUUCAGAUUAAAAUCCGAGAAUUGUAUAGACGCCGAUACCCGCGGACUCUCGAAGGCCUUUCUGAUUUAUCCGCAAUCAAAUCACCAGUUUUCAGUUUGGAUGGUGGCUCCUCACCUGUAGAGCCUGACUUGGCUGUGGCUGGGAUCCACGCGUUGCCUUCCACUUCAGUCACACCUCACUCCCCGUCCUCUCCUGUUGGUUCUGUGCUGCUUCAAGAUACUAAACCCGCCUUUGAGAUGCAGCAGCCAUCUCCCCCAAUCCCUCCUGUCCAUCCUGAUGUGCAGUUAAAAAACUUACCCUUUUACGAUGUCCUUGAUGUUCUCAUCAAGCCCACGAGUUUAGUUCAAAGCAGUAUUCAGCGGUUUCAAGAGAAGUUUUUUAUUUUUGCUCUGACACCUCAGCAAGUUAGAGAGAUAUGCAUAUCCAGGGAUUUUUUGCCAGGUGGUAGGAGAGAUUAUACAGUACAAGUUCAGCUGAGACUUUGCCUGGCAGAGACAAGUUGCCCUCAAGAAGAUAACUAUCCCAAUAGUCUGUGUAUAAAAGUAAAUGGGAAGCUGUUUCCUUUGCCUGGCUAUGCACCACCACCUAAAAAUGGGAUUGAACAGAAGCGCCCUGGACGCCCUUUGAAUAUUACAUCUUUAGUUAGGUUAUCCUCAGCUGUGCCAAACCAGAUUUCCAUUUCUUGGGCAUCAGAAAUUGGAAAGAAUUACUCCAUGUCUGUAUAUCUUGUACGACAGCUCACAUCAGCCAUGUUAUUACAGAGAUUAAAAAUGAAAGGUAUUAGAAACCCUGAUCAUUCCAGAGCACUAAUUAAAGAAAAACUUACUGCGGAUCCUGACAGUGAGAUUGCUACCACUAGCCUUCGGGUGUCCUUGAUGUGCCCUUUAGGGAAAAUGAGGCUGACAAUCCCAUGCCGUGCUGUGACUUGUACACACCUACAGUGUUUUGAUGCUGCCCUUUAUCUGCAAAUGAAUGAGAAGAAACCCACCUGGAUUUGUCCUGUGUGUGACAAAAAAGCUGCCUAUGAAAGUCUAAUUUUAGAUGGGCUUUUUAUGGAAAUUCUCAAUGACUGUACUGAUGUGGACGAGAUCAAAUUCCAAGAAGAUGGUUCUUGGUGUCCAAUGAGACCGAAGAAAGAAGCUAUGAAAGUAUCCAGCCAACCAUGUCCAAAAAUAGAAACUGCAGCUGUCCUCAGUAAGCCUUGUGCAGUGACUGUAGCCAAUGAGGCAAGCAAGAAGAAAGUGGAUGUCAUUGACCUAACAGUAGAAAGCUCUUCUGAUGAAGAGGAAGGCCCUCCUGCCAAAAGGAAAUGCAUCUUUAUGUCAGAAACACAAAGCAGCCCAACCAAAGGGGUUCUCAUGUAUCAGCCAUCUUCUGUAAGGGUGCCCAGUGUGACUUCGGUUGAUCCAGCUGCUAUUCCGCCUUCAUUAACAGACUACUCAGUACCAUUCCACCACACGCCAAUCUCAAGCAUGUCCUCAGAUCUGCCAGGUUUGGAUUUUCUUUCCCUUAUUCCAGUUGAUCCCCAGCAGUACUGUCCUCCUAUGUUUUUGGAUAGUCUCACCUCACCCUUAACAGCAAGCAGUACGUCUGUCACCACCACCAGCCCCCAUGAAAGCAGUACUCAUGUUAGUUCAUCCAGCAGCAGAAGUGAGACAGGGGUCAUAACCAGCAGUGGAAGUAACAUUCCUGACAUCAUCUCACUGGACUAAAGAAGGACUCGCUCGGUUCUAGGAAUCAUUCAUCAGAACUGCUCUUUCUUGGAUCUCUGUUCCGUGGAAGCUAUUUUUUUGCUAAUUACUUUGAUAUUUAUUGAAAUGUCAGAUGGAUUCGUUUGCCUUCUGAGAGACGAACACAGAUGACCGCAACAAGAACCACAUGACAUGCAAGGAUUUUUCUUACUCUUGGUGUACUCUUUGAGCAUCAGAUACAUUCAGCUGUAACUAUAUCCUCCUGAGAGAUGGAUUUCAAUUUCAUAAUACUGGAUAGAUUCUACAAAUCAGUUAAAUUUUUUUUGUUGUAAUACACAGCAAUAAAAUUAUGUAAAUAUUCAAGUACACUUUUUUUCUAAUUAAGAAAAGAUGUAAUCAGUGAUUCUAAAAUGACAACUUCUCGUUUAACCUGAUGUGAAGGAAAAAUAUGCGGAAAGAAGCUACAUUUGCCAAAUGAGUCCUUUCCAUGGAUUUGUUCUGUUUUCGUUGAAGUAAUGAAGUCUAGAUAAGUGGCCAAAGCUUGGGUUCCACUUUUCUCCGUUUCCAUCAAAGAAGAAUGGCCUAUGUGCUAAGCAUUUCCCCUGUUGGUUGUUUCCACUCUGGUAUUGUGUGCCCGUGAGUGCGGAGUGGAGUUCUGGGAUUUGGCUGCUCCUUACUAGUGAUCAUGUUGAAGAACGCUGUGCAGAGCCUGCCCUGACGUAAUGUGUGCUGUUUUUGGUAAUUGAACUUUCUCAUUCUAGAGAUGUCUGUAAAUUAGGGGCUUACCUUCUCAAAAGAAAUUCUCUGCGACUGUUGACUGAAAUGUUUUUUUGGAUUGAGGUGUGGCUGGAGUGUUUGUUAAGAUUUUGUUCACACUGUCCAGAAAUACUGAGAGCAUGGAGCCAGUGGGAGAACAGAUUUAGGGGCAGUGGGAAUAGCAAAGUUUAAUUUCUGCCUGAGAACUUCUUUUACUUGUUUAUUUUAUAGGAUAAUGUUCAAAUCUGCGAUGAAUAAUACUGACAAAGUAUGUCAUAAUCUCGUUUUUCUCAUAGCAGUGAUUUUUAAAUUUAAAGAAUAAACAAUAGCAAAGGGAUGGAGGUGGCAUCAGAUUUCCUGUUUUUUAAAAAAAGAAAUGUUUCCUGAAACCACAGAAGAUUAAAAACAGAAUUAGAAGUGUUUGAGUAUAAGAAAAGUUUGAAGAGAGGAUGGGCCUGAAACCCACAUUGAAAACCACUCUUACUAUGUGUUUGAUUUUAAAUCUCUAAGGAAGCUGAAUUUUACCCUGAGAAACAUUUUUAUCCAAAUUUUAUACUUUGCUUUCAUUUGGCUGCACAAUUUUGAUUUCUCAAGGAGUUAUUACUUGCCUCAUGUUUAGCUUUCUCUCCCUAAGCUGUGUCUAAGUAAACCUUUGUUUAAAAAUCAUUAAUCUAGCUGAUUUCUCAGACUGAAAUGCCCAGAUGCAGAGUCGCCAGUUUCAUACAGGACAGGGGACAGUCAGGGUUGGUGCAGCUCCAGGGAGCUGCCUUCUCAUGGCUUGGUUUCCACACCUUCUCGAGUUCUCACGCCCUUUUGCUGUUUUUGUACUCAUUUAAUUUCCUGUGAUUUUCUACAUCAUCCCUUCUUUGGCUGUAUUAUCCCUUUUGGAGAGUUAAAAACAUGGAAAACAAACCUGAAUCUUGCAGUCGUUACAUCAUAGUUGCCAGUUUUAAAUUCUUAGGACAUGUUGCAGUCCUUUGGUCCAUACACAGAAUUUAUUCCUGGUAAAAUUUUACAUUGCUGCUCUAAAUGUGGAUGCAAGUUCUGUUAACUCUGUAAUCAGACAGAAAAAGUAACCUGGUUUGUGUGGUAUAAUUUGUUAAUAAAGAAAUGCUGUAUAUUUGUUAUUAUUUUGUUAUCCAUUAGAUUCUCAGAGACCCUCCCUUCCCCAGCUUAACCCACAGAGUUUUACAAGGUCAAUGAAAAAAAAAAAAAUAGAUAUUAGUUCAUUUACUUGAUUCUUGAAACUGAUAACUGCUGUGCUGUUAUAGUUGUACUUUGUUUUCUUUUCACUAUUUUAUGUGAACAGUUUUAUUGUUCAUUUUUGGUGCUUUACACUAAAUUACAUAAAUUUUUAAUUUAUCUCAUACAGGCAACUCACAUUUUUUUAAAAUACACUUUUAAGUUUAUAAUCUUAAAAUUGAGACUUUUAUGUGUGUAUCCUUGAAGGUGAGUACCUUUUAUUAUGCUUUUGGCUCUAUGACAACAGCAUGCUUACUAAGCCAUUGUCCUUUUUUUAGUAUGGUCACCAAAUACUUUUACUGGGACCCUGCCUUUGUAGUAGUGUCUUUUACUAGCCAAGAUACCUGCUCAACCAAGUAUAAUUCCGUUUCAGAGGAGGUCUUCUCUAGCUGUUAUGUAGAUGGCAGCCAACCAUCUGCCAUCUGAUGAUGUUUAAGAAAAGGACUGCAGUUACCAACUCUUACAAACACUUAGCCAGCCUGUGUUUUUAUCUUUGUUCACAUAGAAAUGUUAGAAGAGUUUCCUUGUUUUGGUAACUCAUGACAGUAUAAUUGGUACUGAAUGUAGCUUCACGCCUAAGGUCUGCUUAUAUCGACUAACUUUUUGAUUCUUAGGUAAGCUGCUUUAGGAGUUUGUUUUCAUUUCUGCCCAGAAGGUACAAAUUCUUUCAGCAUCUGUUGUGGGAUGAUUAUAAAGGCCAAACGAAACCGUAGAGUCCAAAAAGCUAGAAUGGAAAUACCAUGAUUAAGUGAAAGAUUGUGAAUAUAAAUAAGGAGAUCCAUAACUGGGUAUAAAGCAAAUUUCCCUAGGGUAGAAUUUUAAAAGAAUGUGAAGAAAGGUUGGAUUUUAGAGGAAAGAUAGCUCGACAGACUGUUUUGACUUAGGAUUCAGACCUUUUCAGCCAUUCUGCCUUCAGAGCAGUCCUGAACAUCUGUCAUCUAGUAACCAAGUUGUCUGCUUUUCUUCUGUCAAAAAAGUAUUUAUUAGUUACAUUUUGUCUUUUUAAGUAAAGUUGAAUUUUAUAAAAUAUUAGUUCUCAACUCUUUCAUUUCUCUCUGGCCCCCAAUGGGUGUGAAAAAAGUCUCCGCCUGCCCCAAGUAAACACCUAAUCUUUCUCAUCGUGGAAAAUGUAGGGCAGCGUGCCAUUUAAAACUUGAGCCUGACGUUGUAUUUUGUGACCCUGGGUCUAUGUGUUGUGGGAGCAUGGAGGUGUCAUUUAGGUUGGUAAUUCAUGACAGAACCUGCUUCACCAUCUUUUCUGCUACAUUUCUGCAUGAAUAUGGUGAAACUUAUAGGAAAGAAAUUUAAUAAUUUCUCUGCUUUUUAAAGAAUGACUGGUUUAUAAGCCCCCACUUUUUUGUUAGGAACUACACUCCAGUUCCUAGCAGAAAUCAAUAAGGCUAUAUAAAAAUGCCCAUUCUGCUUUAAUGCUUACCUGAUUCAGUAUUUUUUUUUUUUCUGUUUGUGUUGGUAAUACAUGCUUGUAGAAAGGGCACUUAAAUAGUUUUGAAUGUUUCUUGCCGGUCACUUUGCUACGUGUUUGUGAUCUUACAUAGUUUUAUUCAUUCUUUGUGUAAUUUGUAUCUUGAUUUUUUUUUUUUCUCAGUCUACAGGCAUUAUUCAUGUCACUAAAAACUACAUUGUAUGGAUGUGCCAUGCUUUCUGUUGCCUUUCCCUGUUGGACAUUUUAGGUUGUAUCUCAUGAUGCUCUUGCAGUGCCUGUCAUUGUGCAUAAAUUAUUUCCUUAGGAUAAAUUCCUAGAGGUGAACUUCUGAGUCAAGGAUGUAAAUACUUUGUAGUUUUUGGUGCACAGCACUUCUCCAAGUGGUUUUGCUAACCAUUUGGUAUGAGAAGAACUAUCUAACCAUAUUUUCCAAGAAUAUGUACCAUUAACUGUAUGCAGGCAUCUGCAUUAAGGCCUUCCACCUCUGACCUUGGUGAGCUGGGGUAACUGAUUUGGAGAUAAUUGGCAGAGAUUUUCCUGGGAUGUUUCAGUUUCAAAUAUAUCUAUAUGAUAUGUUCCAGAAACACCUGCUUAUAAGGGUAUCCAAAUGAUUUUUCACACAUUUUUACUUGCAUUAUGAAGUAGCCCGUUGUUACACUACGUUUUCCAUUUUUAGUUAGAAAGUCUUGACUUUCUGAAACCACCUUUCACUGGGGCCAGCCCUUAGUAGCCAGCUCUCUCUUUUUUUCCUCUUCCCUUAGGCUCCAUUUUGGCCUUUCUGAGUUCCCCAAAGCCAGUAGGAUCUUCUGAGCCAAAGGCAGUCCAACUCAAACUGGAAAAGUGGUAAGGCUAAAGCAACAACAAAAGCAGAGCUAAGCUUUGCUUUUUCAUUUUUUUUCGUGUGUGUUUCCCACCCCAUCUUGGUGUUCUCAGGGUAGCUCUAGGAAAAGAAAAAACAGAUUGCUGUCUUCAUUUGCUCAAGGUAUUACUUUCUUGAUUGGCAUACCAUGUUGUUUCCUGAACUGUUUCUUUUUGAAUGGAUUUUAAAGCUGCUUUUAUGUUUUCAUAGCUCAAAUCUUUUACAUGAAGAGUGUUAUGUUAUAAAAUAUCCCACUUAUUUUGGCCUUCACAAACCAUUCAACAAGAUUUCGGUGUGUUUUGAAAGUGUAUGUGGACUAGACUGGUAUAACAGAUCUGGUCCCAUUCUUCAAAGGGCUUACAACAAGUUUUCAAAAAUCAGGAAUUCUUAGCUACUAAGAGAUGUGCUAAGAAACUUAGAAAAUGUCACAUUCCUUACUGCAGUCUUUCAAAGGAAAGUAGUGUUGUCUUUAUGUUGCAAAUGAAGAAACAAAUUUUGCAGUUGGACUUGGGUGUCUGAAACAGACCUAUUAAUUCAAAAGCCUUAUGACUCAACUGAAGUGACACUAAUUAGGUAGGCUGUUUGGGAGACUGGUAUGGUAAUCUAGACAUAAAAUUAUGAGAACUGAUUUCAGGUGAUGGCUACAGGAAUAAGGAAGGAGUGGAUGAUGAAGCCAUUUCAAAGGAAGACUCAAGAUUUUUAAGUGGAUGUAGGAAUAAGAGCUGAGUCCAUUUCUCAAGGUAGAAUGGACAAUAGUCAUUAAGGGGAGACAAUGGUGAGUUUGAUGAUUAAGAUGAGAUUUCAGAAAGGCAGUUUUCAAGAAGCUUAUUUUUGUUCUGCAGCCUUAAGAAGUGCAAGCUGCUCUGCCUCCAUUUUUACUCUCACUUGUCUCCCUUCUGUAUGUGUCCUGGUCUCUCCCAGUUGCCUCCCCGCUCUUGCGCUUGUGCAUGCCCAGUCGCUCAGUCAUGACCGACUCUUUGUUCCCGUUGGACUGUAGCCCGUGUCACCUGCGUCACAGGUGGAUUCUUUACCUGCUGAGCCGCGGGGAAGCCCCCUGUCCACCCUCUCUUCUCCCUUAAACGCGCUUGGCUGCAAGUUGAUGUUUUUUUUGAAUUUGCACUUAACUGCCUUGUCAUAACGAAUUUGGCUGUCUCCUAAAGGCCUGCCAUAGCCUGCAGCUCUCACCAGUGUGGGCUGUGUCCACAUUCCACGUAUCUCAGGAGGUGGUGGUGGCUGUCCUUCCUCUGUCCUGUAAUUUCUAAAUAAUUUCUCAAGGCUUCUGACAAAAAUCUGCCCUUUUGUUGCCCGUGUCAGGAAGUUAUACUGUCAGUUACCUCUGCUCCUACCAUCGAUCAUUCCCAUUGAUUUGCUGAAGGCCUCACUUCCUAACAGUGUACUUGGCCAUCUCUGAUUCUGUCGUAUUCUCAGUGACUUUGUUCUGACAGAUGAUCCAUCCAACACUGGCUGGUGAGAUUUUUGGUUAUCUUGCCUCCAACAUUUUCUUCCAUUGAAACUCCCUAUUUCACCCUCUCUAUUUUCUUUGUACUUAUCCAACUUCAUUAUCACAUCCUUCAGCAUGUCCUCAGACCCCUUUCUCAGUCACCUACCAGUCCUUUGACUUGACACUGCAUGGUUCUUUCCCCAUUCUCAUCAAUUAAUGCAAAUAUUCCUUUUUUCUUUUUUAAUUGAAGUAUAGUUGAUGUACAAAAUUAUGUUAAGUUUAGGUGGACUACAUGAUUUGAUGUUUACAUGUAUUAUGAUUGCCAUGAUAAAUGUAGUAACCAUUUGUCUCCAUAUGAAGUUAUAGUAAUGUAUUAUGCUGUAUGUUUUCAUUCCUGUGGCUUAUUUUAUAACUGGAGGUUUAUGUGUCUUAAUUACCUUUACCCAUUUCUUCUCCUCUCCAGCCCCUCCCUCCUGGCAACCACCCAUUUAUUCUCUGUAUGAGUAUUUUCAUUUCAUUUGAUUAGAUUCCACAUAGGAGCAAGAUUAUAUGAUAUUUAUCUUUCUCUGGUUUAUCUCACCUAGCAUAAUACCCUCUAGAUCCAUGCAUGUUGUUGGAAAUGGCAAGAUUUCUUUUUUGUUGUUAAUGGCUGUGUUAUGUAUGUAUGCACUUUACCCAUUCAUCUGUGGGCACUUAAGGUGCUUCCAUAUACAUUGGCUAUUGUAAAAUAAUGUUGCAGUGAGUAUUGAUGUGCAUAUAUCUCUUUGAAGUCACUUGACUUACAAUACCCAGAAGUGGAAUUGCCAGAUCAUAUGGUAAUUCUACUUCUUAAUUUUUUGAGAAUCCCUCAUACUCUUUUCCAUUCUAGCUGCACCAGUUUACUCCAGCCAACAGUGCACAAGGGUUUCCUUUUUUCCACAUCCUCGCUAACACUGACUUCUUGUCUUUUGUGUGUGUGUUUGAUGACAGCCUACCACUCCUGUUCAGAACACACCUUUCUUAGCAGGUGAUCUUGUUUCCAAAUUCAAUCAGAAGAUUCAGGACUUCAGCAUGAUUUCUUUUCCUCCGUGCUUACCUUCAUCUUUUAUUCCAGCCUCAGAGAAUGAGUUGGGCCAAAGGCCAGUUCAACCUUGUGAACCUUCGACUCCUAUGUCCUCUGUUGUCCUCAGGACCUUCCUCCAUGAGAAUUUCCCUCUAUCCUCUAUGUCUUCCACCUUUUGGCUGCCGCUUUUGGCUUAUAAAAGUCUCAUAUCAUUAAAUAUUUGAGAGGCUAUUAUAUGCCAGUGUAUAUAGAGACUUACCUUCACCAAAGUUGUCACCCAGUAGAUGGGGCUUCCCUGGUGGCUCAGAUGAUAAAAGAAUCCACCUGCAGUGCAGGAGACCUGGGUUCAAUCCCUGAGUUGGAAAGAUCCCCUGGAGAAGGGAGUGGCUACCCACUCCAGUAUUCUGGCCUGGAGAAUUCCAUGGACUGUAUAGUCCAUGGGGUCACAGAGUCAGACACGACUGAGCGGGUAAUACUAACUAUUAACUAACUAAAGCCAUAUAGAUAAGUGAAUAGGGAGAUCAUAGUGCAGUGGUUAAAGGUGGAGUCAGGGUGCUACAGGAGCACACAGAUAGAGAGAUGGCUGAAAAUGUCCAAAAUAGCCAGAAGUUUGCUAAGGAUUGUUAAGAGAACUAUGUUAGAAAUCAUGAAAAACCUUGUAAAAUAGCAAUAGCAAGAAGUUAUUGAAGAUUUUUCAUGGUGAUUCAUAAUAAGGAGCAUUGGUCAAGUUUUAUGUGAUAAUUUCCAUUCUACAAAUGUGGAAACAGAUUCUGAGAGGGUAAGUGACUUGUAGCAUAUAAGCAGGGAGUCAGACUUCAUGCGCAGUUUUUAACCAUCUUCUCAUAGAGGCCGUCCUUGACCAUUCUAUCUAAAAAGUGUUUCCUAAAUAUCCUAACCAUAUCACUGUUUGUAUCCCUUGUGGCAGAUAGCACAACCUGUGUUUAUUUUAUGUAUUAGUUCACUGUGUAUUUGUUUCCUCUGCUAGAUUGUAAGCUCCAUGAGGGCAGGGGUGAUAUUUCAAUUGCAUCCCAGAGCCAAACACGGUGUGGCAUAUAGUAGGUGCUCAAUAAAUGCUUGUGAAUGAA